AUGCCUUCCAUGUUGAGAUUCAGUCUUGAGCACCUUUUCGCGAAGCACGACGCUUCUAAAUUUGCGGAAGUGCUGAUUCCCCUCGAGCAAGCCGAGCGUCAUCACUCUGUAGCAGCAGAAAAUGCUCGCAGAUCAAGCGUGGGCACUAACUCUGAGAAGCACGACAACGAGAAGGGCGACCUUACUCCACCUUCUGUGCGGUCAACACCAGAUGGCACCCCAACAUUGACUCUUGAGAGUCUCCGAGACGAGAUCAAUCAUGACAUCGCUGCCAGCGGGACCAACACGAGUUACGAUAUCAAGUCGAAAGUGGUCAACAAGGCCAUUCAAGACAUCGGCAUGGGAACUUAUCAAUGGCAGCUCUUCACCCUGGCCGGCUUCGGUUGGUUUGCUGACAAUCUGUGGCUCCAAGGUGUUGCUCUCACGCUGCCCAGCUUGAGCACAGAAUUCGGUGUCGACAGCAACACUGUACGAUACACCACUCUAUCUCUGUUCUUAGGUCUCUGCAUCGGAGCCUCUUUCUGGGGCAUCGCCUCGGAUAUUAUUGGUCGCAAAAUGGCUUUCAAUUGCACUCUUUUCCUUGCUGGAGCUUUUGGCCUUGCUGCCGCGGCGGGACCAAACUGGAUCGGAACUUCCGCGCUCUAUGCAUGUAUUGGACUAGGUGUUGGUGGGAAUCUUCCCGUUGAUGGCGCUCUAUUCCUCGAAUUCCUCCCCUUCGCAAGUGGCAACCUCCUCACUUUACUGUCAAUCUGGUGGCCCGUUGGUCAACUGGUUAGCUCCCUGCUCGCCUGGGCCUUUAUUCCAAACUACCCGACUCACUGGGGAUGGCGAUAA